AUGAAAGAUAUUUCACAUGUAAAGGCUUCAGGAGAGGAAGGUGACAUUAUGGACGUGCACACUUUCUGGAACCAAACAACCACGCACUAUGAGACUCUCUUGGAUACGAUGUUUCUCACAUUCAACUGCACAGUCCUAACCUUAACAUUAGUCUUGGGUUUACCCGGGAACUUGUGGGUUUGUUGGGUUGUAUUCAGGACCAAGAGCCUGCAGACCUGCAAUAAUGCGCUGCUGGUCAGUUUGGCCGCCAGUGACCUCCUGAAGUGCUCUGUGGACACACCGCUGCUGCUCUUCUCCUUUCUGCACUAUGGGAAGGACAGCCAGGUGUCGGUGCCUGUGUGCACCCUGCAGCAGUUCACCUAUGCCCUGUGCAGCUGCGUCCAGCUGCUCACGCUGGUCAGCAUCAGCGUGGAGCGUUUCCAAGCCAUCGCGUUUCCCUUUCAAACCGAGAGGAGGAAAGCGAGGGUCCGCCUCUGGAUCCUGUCUAUCUGGGCAUGCGGCCUCAUCUUGGCUGUAAUCUCUCUGACACUUUCCAAAAAGGCGCUUUUUUACAUGCUCUGCCGUCCGCACAUCGGGGGGCACGGCGACGAGCGUCUUCGAUAUUGGGAUCCGUUUGGACCCUACGUACUGGUGCCGGUAUGGGGGUUGUCUCUGACUGUGAUCGUUGUCCACUACGUGCGGAUUUUCAAAGUUGUAAGGCAGCACCGUAAGAAAGUGUUCAAUCGGGGAGUCCAGCUGAGGCCGACGGUGUCCGAACACGUCUGGGGCUGGCUGAGUGUCCCCAUUUCAGCACCACGGACAGCUCCGCCACACUCCUUCAAGACUCUGCCCUCUGUGGGCUCCGGCAGCCCGCUGCCUCCCCGCCGGACGGUGCUCUUGGUGGCUGAAGCCGGCGCUCCCCCUGCGGGCUCGUCCACAGGAGGCGCCCCGGGGAGACCUCCAGAGAUCGUGGGGGCAGUGUGUCUUCUGACUCCUGGGGCCAGGGAGCGGGGGAAGAAACAGAUGGAGGGGAAAGUAGCCCAGCGUUUUGGGUACAUAAUCAUUGCGUUCACGCUGUUCUGGGUGCCCAUGGUGGUUAUUUUGCUAAUGAACGUCAUCUCGUGGCAGAACACGGACAAAUUGCUGAUGGAGCUAGAGACAUCAGCUAUGGUUCUGACCUGUGUGCAGGCUGCAGUGGAUCCCCUCAUCUACACUUUAGUCACCAGACAGUUUCGCUCUGAACUCAGCAAGAUCCUUUCCUCCAUCCCAGGGUGUCCCCUAAAACUGAGGGCCUGAACAUUUGGAUCACAUGGACUGCACUUUUGGGAACUGAGUACUACUGAGUCACUACAUUGUGUUUACACACUUGCACACAUAGAGUGAUUUAGAGGCGAGUGAAGAAGAGAGUCCACAUAUUUUGUAUUUGUGGCAGAUAUAGAUGUUUUAUCAGGCGUUUCACAGUUGGGACACAAGACAAGGUCAUAAAUAAUAUCCAACACCUGACAAGAUACGCACAGCAGUAGUCUCAACAAUGACAGGUGGCAAAGGAGGGCAAAGCAAAGAGUGAGAGGAAAACUGACUGAGCCCAGAAAAAAGACAAUCAAAGGAGAGUACAUAACAGAGAGAGA